GACUGUCUCGUGAGCUGUGCUCAAAAGGCGCGACUCGGUCGCCUCGAGCUUUCUCAGCUUGCGCUUUGUUGAUCACCGUCUUCGUAAAUUCCUGUCGCUGUGCCCAGCUUUGCGAGGUUAAAAGAUGCGGAGACAGCCAGCGACAGAGCGAUCUGAGUUUUCGUGUUCCAGAAUGUUCCCGCCUUUGCGUGCCGUAGCUUGUGAGCUCCAUGUUCUCCAAAAGACGAGACAAAACGCAUGAAAGUUGGUCCAGGACAAAAAGUCGGAAGGUAGGGCUCAAGCAAUAUCUUCAUGCACGUUUGGCUUUCUCAUUUCAACCGUGGACUGCUUGCCGCUGAAUCGCUGUGUAAAAUCACUCGACAAUUCGUGGACAAUUCUGGGAUAAUGUACACAUGUUAUGAGCAGAUCUGGCUAUAUUUUCAGUCUUUGGUUCACUAUAUCAGAUUGACAUUUGGAAACCUUGGAAACACCUCGCUGAGCAACGAGGUGUUUACAGGCAAAUGAACAUCUCUCAUGGACAUGAUUAAAAUUUCGCUUGCGUGAUCCAGAUCUUUGUUUCAUUCUUCAGACUAUUCAGGAUAAAGGCUUCCUGGUCUCUUUAUAAUUUUAUUCUUACACGAAGAUGCCUACGACUCAAAUAGUUGAAUUCUGCCCGAUGUUACUAGCGUGACAGACAGACAGUAUUGCGGAAAUCAACACCAUGGCUCAAUAAAUCAGGCUGUCGACAGUGUCGGCUGUGAUUAGAUGAAGUGCAUGCAGAUAAGUCAGGUCAAAUUAGCAGGUUCCUGAAACAUGCUCUGUUACUAAGUUUUACCCCGCUCACCGAGAUUUCUCGUGGAAAGGUGAACACUUUGAAAGGACAUAUGGUUGAGCGAUGUACGUUAUACAUAGAGUUAAAAACAUUUGCUGAUAAGUACAUCUGAUAUUUUGAGAAUAUGAUCAUAUCCUUUAC